AGCGACUCCAAGGACACAGUUCACAGGCUGAUUUUGCUUCUCAGCUCCAAAGUUCGGAUUGAUCUGGGGACAAUUAUUACGCCUCUGCGGCGGAUAACUCAGAAGAGAGCCUGUGAAGGAGGCAUCGAGGGGGCGCGUAUCGAGACCUGCAUCCUACCUCCCCGGCAUGUGCACCGCGAGGUGUGCCAAGUGCCUGGGCGGCACCCUCAUUCCCCUCGCUGUGUCUGGCUUCCUGGCUCACCUCCUGCUAUUUUUCCCUGGAGGAAAAGUGAUAGACAACAAUGACCACCUUUCUGACGAGGUCUGGUAUUUUGGAGGAAUAUUAGGAAGCGGGGUCUUGAUGAUCUUCCCUGCGCUGGUGUUCUUGGGCCUGAAGAACAAUGACUGCUGCAGGUGCUGUGGCAAUGAGAGCUGUGGGAAGCGCUUUGCGAUGUUCACCUCCACAAUAUUUGCUGUGGUUGGAGUCUUGGGUGCCGGAUACUCAUUUAUCAUCUCAGCUGUCUCAAUCAACAAGGGUCCAAAAUGCCUCAUGGUCAAUAAUAGCACGUGGGGCUAUCCCUUCCUGGACGGGAAUUACCUCAGGGACAGCGACCUAUGGAGCCAGUGCCAAAAGCCUGACAACGUGAUUCCCUGGCAUCUGACCCUCUUCUCCAUCCUGCUGAUCAUAGGGGCGGUUCAGAUACUUAUCUGUGCCAUCCAGGUGAUCAACGGCCUCCUGGGGACCCUGUGUGGAGACUGCCAGUGCUGUGGCUGCUGUCAGGGAGAUGGACCAGUCUAAACCUCCAUGAUUAGCUGCUCUAACUUAAUGGUGUGUGAGAAGAUACAUCAACCUUAUUCUUCUCUUCUUGGGAUUGCCAAUUCCUAUCUGCUUCCUAACUGACAAAGCUUAGGGAAGCCAGAGUUAUUCCUUCUCCUUUCCAACCCGGUCAGCUCAACUUAGAAUCUUAUGUUAGUUUCAAAUAAAAAAUAGUUUGGCCACUUAA